AUGACCGGGUGGACAGCAACACAAUGGAUCCCCUGGAUGACCCUGAUCUCCACCUGGAUCGAGGGCACAGCCGGAGACAAUAGUCAGUCGGUCUGCCCCGCGAGAAGCUGGAGGACUGUCGAAGCCGAAUUCCUCCAAUGGCCUCAAUGUCCCGAGACCCGGUGGGAGAGCCAGCCAGGCCUGGAUACCCCGACCCUUCCCCCACAUUUACUGAAGGCGCCCGACGAGACCGUCUCUGUCCCCGUCCCCAUGGCAUCCUCGAGCGAGCCCACCGUCCCCACCGCCGAUGAACGCCCCGAUCAUGAGCUGGACACCGAGUCCCCGCUUGACAAUGCCAAUUUCCUUUCCUUUGAAGAUUGGAAGAAGCAGAACUUGGCUAAAGUCGGGCAGUCGGCGGAGAAUGUGGGCGGGAAUAGACGGGGCGGUGCUGGGAAGGAAGAUAGACGACGGCCGACGGGGAUCAAUAACGCCUUGGAUUCUCUGGGCGAAGAUGUAGAGAUUGAGUUGGAUUUUGGUGGCUUUGGCGCUGAUACCCCCGAGACCGCGAAACCUACGUCCUGGGGAGCGCGCGUGCCCUCGGAUGCGAGGACGGGGGCGGUCCCUGGUGCUGGGGACCGUGAUGUGGAUACCCUGGCUCAGGGGGUCCCCCAGGCGGGCGUGUCGCGCUCGAAGGAUGCGGGCACGACUUGUAAGGAGCGGUUCAACUAUGCGUCGUUUGAUUGUGCAGCGACGGUGCUCAAGACGAACCCGGAGUGUACGGGGUCGUCGUCGGUGUUGAUUGAGAAUAAGGAUAGUUAUAUGUUGAAUGAGUGUCGGGCGAAGAACAAGUUCUUGAUUCUGGAGCUGUGCGAUGAUAUUCUGGUGGAUACGGUCGUGUUGGCCAACUACGAGUUCUUCAGCUCCAUCUUCCACACCUUCCGGGUCAGUGUGUCGGAUCGAUAUCCGGCCAAACCGGACCAGUGGAGGGAGCUUGGGAUCUACGAGGCGAGGAAUACGCGGGAGGUUCAGGCCUUUGCGGUUGAGAAUCCGCUGAUUUGGGCCCGCUAUGUGAGGGUUGAGUUCCUGACUCAUUACGGAAAUGAGUUCUUUUGCCCGCUCAGCUUGAUCCGUGUCCACGGAACGACUAUGUUGGAGGAGUACAAGCAUGACGGGGAGGCCGGUCGAGUUGAAGACGUGGUUCCGGAUGAAGUCCCGGAGCCUGCGCCGGUGGAUGCUGAACCAGAGACUAUCCCAACGGUGGACUCACCGGCUGAUGUAGGGAUAGCAGAGAAGGAGUCAAGCGACCAGACACCAGAGGCUUGCCCUAACCCGGGACUGGCCAUUGACGAGACGGUCCUGAUGAGGCUUCUGGGGGUUACCGAGACAUGUAGUGUGCAUGACUCUCCAGCUGCUGCUGGACCUGAAGGGGCCCCGGUGCCUCCCAGUCGCCCGUCAACGAAUGACGCACCUUCUCCAAAUGGCGAAGAUGUUGCGUCGCCGGCUGCCGGAAACGAGGCACUGGCCAAAGAGCUGGGAGAGCCGAAAGCAACGGUGGCGGCUGGCACGGAUAUCGAGACGAUCCCUUCGUCUGCUACACCGGCCGCCCAGGAGACUGCAUCUCAGGUCGCGUCGGAAGCAGACAACCGACCGACUGCAUUUGCGAAGGAAGAGCAGAGCGGCGCGGUUGAAUCGACGCGGUCUACGGCGACGCAGCCGCCUUCCUCGAAUCCGACUACGCAGGAGUCUUUCUUUAAGUCUGUGAAUAAGCGGCUACAGAUGCUGGAAUCCAAUUCCAGCUUGUCGUUAUUGUACAUUGAAGAGCAAUCGCGGAUUCUGCGCGACGCGUUCAACAAGGUUGAAAAGCGGCAGCUGGCGAAGACAUCCUCAUUCUUGGAGAAUUUGAACGGAACGGUCCUCCAUGAGUUGAGGCAAUUCCGCGAGCAGUAUGACCACGUGUGGAAGAGCGUCGCACUGGAGUUUGAGCUCCAGCGGAUCCAGUACCACCAGGAGGUGCAAUCGCUGAGCACGCAGCUGGGGUUCCUGGCCGACGAGCUGGUAUUCCAGAAGCGGGUCGCCGUCAUCCAGAGCAUCAUGAUUCUCUUCUGCUUCGGACUGGUGCUCUUCUCACGAGGCGCCGUCAGCAGCUACAUUGAAUUACCCAGUAUGCAGAACAUGGUGUCGCGGUCGUACAGUUUGCGGUCGUCGUCGCCUCCAUUCGGUUCUCCAUCUGUGAGCCCGACGUCGUCGGGUCGACGCGCGGGUGGCCAUCGACGUAACCUGUCCGAGGAUUCGCAAGACGGACCGAUCAGUCCGACGCUGGCCUACUCCCCGCCGACUCCGGUGUCCGAUGUGAUGAGUUCGUCGGAGGAGGCUGAGAACCGGACGGGGGGCUCGCUCGCAUUGCCUGAGGUGACCCCCUCGACGCUCCGAUCGCGCAGUAGCCCACCUGACCUGAAAGGGGGCGAGGAUGAAACCCCCGAGGAAUCGUCUGCAUCAUCGGAGUCACCGGAGGAAGGGUCACCUGUGCCUGAUGGGAUGCGGAAUGCGGCUCCCGCAAAGAUCAACUCGAUGGAAUAUCACCGUCAGGUGUUGCAGGGAAAGCUGGAGAGCGGCGACAAGAACCAAGCCAGCUACGUCUCGCCCUCGGAUGAUAUCAUGAGUCCGUGCUCGAAAAAGCUAAGUGAUCUGAAGGGCAAGCGCUUCAAGAAUGUCGAACAAUUUGUCGAGAAAGAAUGUAUCCCCGUUGAACCAAUCUUUCGGGCCCAGCUCGGCGAGGGCCAGCAGCGCUGGUCCACCUACCCGGCCAUCAUGGAGACCCUGAAGGUCAAGGCCCGCCAGCAGGGCCUAUGGAACAUGUUCCUCCCCAAGAGUCAUUUCUCGCAGGGCGCGGGAUUCAGCAACGUCGAGUACGGCCUGAUGGCUGAGUACCUGGGGAAGAGCACAAUUGCGUCGGAAGCCACCAACAACGCCGCCCCGGAUACAGGCAACAUGGAAGUCCUCGCUAAGUACGGCAACGAAGCCCAGAAGAAGGAAUGGCUGGCUCCCCUGCUGGACGGGAAGAUCCGGUCGGCCUUCCUGAUGACAGAACCCGACGUCGCCUCGAGUGACGCCACCAACAUCGAGCUUGACAUCCGGCGCGAAGGGAAGGAAUACGUGCUGAACGGAUCGAAAUGGUGGUCCUCUGGCGCUGGUGACCCCCGCUGCCAAAUCUACCUCGUCAUGGGCAAGACCGCCGCCAACCACCCGGAUCCCUACAAGCAACAAUCCGUCAUCCUCGUCCCCGCUAAAACCCCUGGUAUCACCGUGCACCGCAUGCUGACUGUCUACGGCUACGACGACGCCCCGCAUGGCCACGGGCACAUCACCUUCAAGGAUGUGCGCGUUCCCGCCUCCAACAUCGUCCUCGGGGAAGGCCGGGGCUUCGAAAUCAUCCAGGGCCGUCUGGGUCCGGGCCGUAUCCACCACGCCAUGCGUACCAUUGGAGCGGCCGAGAAGGCUCUCGAAUGGAUGAUCGCGCGCAUCAACGACGACCGCAAAAAGACCUUCGGAAAGCAUCUGUCCUCACACGGAGUGAUUCUGGAAUGGGUGGCCAAGUCACGCAUCGAGAUCGACGCCGCAAGACUGAUUGUUCUCAACGCGGCGAUUAAGAUUGACCAGGGCGACGCCAAAUCGGCCCUGAAGGAGAUUGCUCAGGCGAAGGUUUUAGUGCCCCAGGCAGCAUUGACGGUGAUUGAUCGCGCCGUGCAGGCGUAUGGAGCCGCGGGCGUGAGUCAGGACACCCCCUUGGCGUAUCUGUGGGCGUUGAUCCGGACGCUGCGGAUUGCGGAUGGGCCGGAUGAGGUGCAUCUGCAGCAGAUGGGGCGGCGGGAGAACCGGGCACGCAAGGAUGAAAUCAUGCAGAAGCUGAAGUGGCAGAAGGAGGAGGGGGCGCGGCUGUUGGAGGUUAGUGGGUUGAAGAGUCGGUUGUAA